AGUUCCAAACAGAAAGAGGAGAAACCGAACAAGGAAAACCGAGAGAUACAGUAGGAGCAGGCAUUCGCUAUCUAUGACACUGCUGCUUUGUGAUAACCCAGAUCAUUGCUCAAAAGAAAGGGCUAACAGAUCGCAAGGACGGAUAAGAACAGGUUCACCAGCUGUAACUCGAAUAAAACAAAAUAUCGAUUACUUUUUUUUUUUUUAAUUGCCUGCAAAAAAUGUAAAUACUAGAUUUAUUUUUGUAUUUCAUCCAACUGAUAAAACUGAAUAUGGAGGUGAGCAGAGGUGGAAGAGGGCCAAUGUGUUGGAACAACGCUGGCAGAACAAACACCAAUAAAAAUCUUAAUGAGCUGUAAAGAUCAGAGUUGUUGGCAGGGCACAACAGGAGAAGUGUGUCUGGAAGCAGCACUGUGAAACUGUAUCAGAACCUCAGAUCUCUUUUAGGAAUCGGGCAGACAAGAGCCCUGCAAUCCCUUGGGAUCCAGAGCUCUAUGCCUUUGAAACACCGAAUGAGCUCCUGGAAAUUUGAGAGGAAUAUAACUUUAGGGAGCCAUGGCCAGAACUGCAGACACUGGAAUAUGAUGUCAUUGAAUGACAAUGAGCAUUCAACAGUGUUCAUCUAAUAUUUCAGGCAUUAUUUAUUCACAUUUUUAAAGAAUCUUUUAAUAUAAGGUGACAUUUCUGUUAACAUUUUUUCAUUUUCAAAACAUAACCUUUUAGCAAUCUUCUAUGUAUUUAUUAAUUAAUGUAUUCAUGUAUCUAUUUAUUUAUAAUUAUUAAUUUAAUAAAUAAAAUAAAAUAAGGGCAAAAACAAUAUGCUCUUGAUCUAAUGAAAAUGGCAGCAAAGCGUGACUACAUGACAAGCAUCCAUGGCUUUGAUCUGGGCGAUCGUUUUGUUGAGUUGAAGCCCCUGGGAUAUGGCGCCAACGGGCUGGUCCUGUCCGCCGUGGACAACCAGAGCCACCGCAAGGUGGCAGUAAAGAAGAUUGUCAUCACAGACACCCUGAGUGUCAAGCACACCCUGCGAGAGAUUAAGAUCAUCCGGCGGCUGGAGCACGACAACGUGGUGAAGGUGUUUCAGGUGCUGGGCCCCCAGGGGCAUGCCCUCUCCCAGGAUUUCUGUGAGCUGACCACCGUGUACAUCGUCCAGGAGCACAUGGAGACAGACCUGGCCCACCUGCUGGAGCAAGGGCCCCUGUCUGAAGAGCAUGCCAAGCUCUUCAUGUACCAGCUACUCCGGGGGCUCAAGUUCAUCCACUCCGCCAACGUGCUACACAGGGACCUCAAGCCGGCCAACAUCUUCAUCAACACAGAGGACCUGGUGCUUAAGAUUGGAGACUUUGGCCUGGCCAGGAUUGUGGACCCCCACUACUCACAUAAAGGCUAUCUGUCUGAAGGACUUGUGACUAAAUGGUACCGAUCUCCACGACUUCUCCUUUCACCCAACAAUUACACCAAAGCCAUUGACAUGUGGGCGACUAGUUGUAUCUUGGCAGAGAUGUUAACAGGGAGGAUGCUGUUUGCUGGGGCCCAUGAGCUGGAGCAGAUGCAGCUGAUAUUGGAGACAAUUCCAGUAAUCCGUGAGGAGGACAAGCAGGAGCUUCUCAAGGUGAUGCCAACGUACAUCAACUCCAAAUGGGAGGUGAAGAAACCACUGAAGGACCUGCUGCCUGAGGUCAAUGCAGAAGCUAUUGAUUUCCUGGAGCGGAUUCUGACCUUUAACCCCAUGGAUCGGUUGACGGCGGAGGAGGCUCUGAUGCAUCGCUACAUGAGACAGUAUUCCUGCCCCGAGGAUGAACCCAUCUCACAGCACCCCUUCCGCAUCGAAGAUGAAAUUGAUGACAUCUUACUGAUGGAGGCCAGUCAGAGCCAGAUAUCCAACUGGGAGAGGUACCAGGCGAGUUUGUCCUCAGAUCUAGACUGGCAGCAGCGGGUGCGGUCCCAGGAGGCGACGAUGGUGGCGGAGGUGCAGAGGGACCCGCGGGCAGGAUCCAUGCCCAUCCUGGAGGAAGUGCAGGUAGAUCCACGCAAGUACUCUCACAGCAGCUCCGAGCGAUUCCUGGAGCACUCACAUUCCUCCCUGGAACGGUGCGGGCCAGGGGAUCUGGACUAUGGGCACUCCUUUGACUACAAGGUGGGCUCCCCUUCUUAUCUGGACAAGCUGCUGUGGCGGGAUGGCAAGCCCCACCACUACUCUGAACCCAAGCUUAUCCUGGACCUCUCACACUGGAAGAGUAACAGCAUGUCAGGGCCCCCUGGUGGCGGUGGUGGUGAGGGUAGGGGGAUGAGGAGGGGGAGCAGAGGGAUGCGGUUGAGUCUGGAGGAUCAGGAGGAAUCCCCCACAGACCUCUUUUUGGAGAUCUCUCGCUGGGUAGAGAGCACCCAGGCCAGGUUGGACAGUCCCAGCCCUCCACCGCUGCUGCCCGCACCAGAACUCCAGGAAGAGAGUAGCAGGCCAUCCUCCUCCCCCCAGUUUCUGGCCACAGCGCCGCCUGCCUCCAAGAUAACCAAUGGGAAUGAGGCCCAGUUUGAUCUUGAUGUCUUCAUCUCCCGAGCACUCAAAAUGUGCAGUAAGCCAGAGGAGCUGACAGACAACCGGCUGGCCGAGAUCAAUGGCACGUGCAUCCCGGAGCAUCCUUCUGAGAUAGUUCAGGCUGAGGUGUAUCAGAAAGAGAGAUGGUAGACAAGGAGGCUUGUUUGAACUGAAAACUGACGGAAUUGGUGUAAACUGAUGUGUGUGAUAUUGAGGUGGAGAGUGCAGUGAUGGGUGUGAAGCAGCCUCAACAGCAAGUCAACUGUAAAGAAACAUGAUGACAGGAUGGACAAAAACAUACAGAUGGGAUUAUUGUGUAAUAUGGGUAACAACCCAGCAGGAAUUGGUGCGUAAACUUUGGGAACAAAAAGAAUAAAGAGUGUUGUACUAUUUAUAAAGUUAUGGGAUGUAUAGAGUGAAAACACAUGUGAACUAAAUUUGAAAUGAGUUAUUUACUGAGGAAGUCCAACAGUUAUAUUGUGGAAACUAACAAGAUCUCUUUAAUGUUAAAUGAUUUAAGUUAGUAAAUAUUACUGCUGUUUUAAAGAAAAAACUAACAUGGCACAAACACUUUGUUUCAUUUUUGUUUAUAUGAAAAGAUUGUUAUGUUCUAAUAUGUUGGGGAUCAUAAUGCACAGCAAAGUAGCGGUUGAGGUUGCCUAUUCGGUCAUUGAUUGUGAGAGUGGAGUGUGCCUUUUGAAAGAAAUAAGUGUGUUUUAUUGACUUAAUCCAGCACUCAUUAAAAUGCAGUACUUGAAUAUGA